UUGACUCUACUACACUACUGCAUUCUCUUCCACUCCCUCAGUUCUCUCACAUUUUCAUCUAGUUCUCUGUCUCUCUCUCUCAAGCUGUUCUUUUUUAUCCAUCAUUAGCAACAAGGUUUUUGAGGAAGAGAAGAGUUACAAGCUGUGUCAGAGAUCAUGGAAGCUUCUAAGCCAGAAGAGAUAAACCACCCACCAAUGGACCAGCUUCAAGGCUUGGAGUACUGUAUAGACUCAAACCCAUCUUGGGUGGAGUCAAUAGCUCUUGGUUUCCAGCAUUAUAUUCUGGCUUUAGGAACUGCUGUCAUGAUUCCUUCAUUCCUUGUGCCUCUGAUGGGAGGAAGUGAUGAUGAUAAAGUUAGGGUGAUUCAGACACUGCUUUUUGUUGAAGGGAUUAAUACAUUGCUACAGACACUCUUUGGAACCCGGUUACCAACAGUGGUAGGAGGAUCUUAUGCAUACAUGGUCCCCAUUAUAUCUAUAAUCCAUGAUUCAUCACUUAUGAAGAUACAGGACCCUCAUUUGAGAUUUCUUAACACAAUGAGAGCAGUCCAAGGUGCAAUGAUAGUAGCAUCAAGUAUACAAAUUAUUUUGGGUUUUAGCCAAUUAUGGGCCAUUUGUUCUAGGUUUUUCAGUCCACUUGGAAUGGCUCCAGUGAUUGCAUUAGUUGGUUUUGGAUUAUUUGACCGAGGUUUCCCUGUGGUUGGACAUUGUGUUGAGAUUGGAAUUCCCAUGUUAGUUCUGUUUGUAGCCUUCUCUCAGUACUUGAAAAGCUUCCAUACAAGACAAAUACCAAUACUAGAGAGGUUUGCACUACUUAUAUCAACCACCAUCAUUUGGGCAUAUGCACAUCUCUUAACAGCAAGUGGAGCAUACAAACACCGCCCGGAACUAACCCAACAUAAUUGCAGAACAGACAGAGCCAAUCUUAUUUCUUCUGCUCCAUGGAUAAAGAUCCCAUACCCUCUUGAGUGGGGUGCUCCUACAUUCAAUGUUGGUCAUGCUUUUGCAAUGACAGCUGCAGUUUUAGUCUCCUUAAUUGAGUCAACUGGGGCAUACAAAGGUGCAUCAAGACUGGCAAGUGCAACACCACCUCCUUCACAUGUUCUAAGCCGUGGUAUUGGCUGGCAGGGAAUUGGAAUACUGCUAAAUGGACUUUUUGGAACAGCAACUGGUUCAUCAGUUUCUGUAGAGAAUGUGGGACUCCUUGGAAGCACUCGCGUUGGAAGUCGAAGGGUCAUUCAAAUUUCAGCGGGCUUUAUGAUAUUCUUCUCAAUGUUAGGAAAAUUUGGAGCUUUCUUUGCAUCAAUACCCUUACCUAUUUUUGCAGCUGCACACUGCAUUCUAUUUGGUCUUGUAGCUUCUGUGGGACUAUCAUUUCUGCAGUUCACUAACAUGAACUCAUUGAGGAACCUCUUUAUUACUGGUGUUGCCCUUUUCUUAGGACUUUCCAUUCCUGAGUAUUUCAGAGAAUACACUGCCAAGGCCCUUCAUGGACCUACUCAUACAAAGGCUAGAUGGUUUAAUGAUUUCCUUAAUACUAUAUUCUUCUCUUCACCAAGUGUUGCAUUGAUUAUUGCUGCAUUCUUGGACAACACACUUGAUUACAAGGAUAGUGGAAAGGAUAGAGGAAUGCCAUGGUGGGCCAAGUUUAGAUCAUUCAAAGGAGAUACCAGGAAUGAAGAAUUCUACACCCUCCCUUUCAACCUCAACCGGUUUUUCCCUCCAUCUUAAGAAGAAAGUUCUAUCUUACAGGAAGAUGUAAAAGGAAAAGCAUCAUUCCCAGAGGGUUGUAUAUGUUUUGGUGUGACAAUUGUGUAUUACUGAAAAUUUUUGUGAAGUAAAUUAUUGUCAGUUAUCUUA